AUGGAUCCAGAAGACAUGCAAUCCAUCAAAUUAGCUUCCCUUGAAGAAAAACAAGACCAAAAAAUCAGAUAUUAUGAAACAAGGACGAUAAAGCUGGUCAUCGCUUAUAUUUUCUUCCAAGCUGUUAUAUUCUUGUCUGUUUUUCACCAAAACCCAGCCAUCAGAUGCCAGCAUUGGUGGAUUCCGUUCAGCCUCUCGUCUCUGAUUACUUUCAUCUUUUCCAUAAGCUUCACCAGAUUCGCCAGCAAGUUGGAGCGUAUACAACACCAGCACGACAUCACUGUCAUGGAGCGAGAUUCGAAUCACCACCGAAAAAUGCUCCAACGAAGAGAUCCAACCAAUACUCAUGAUCUGCUUCAGCAACAGCAACAGAUUUUGAAGGGCGAUAUUGUGAACGUUUAUCUGAGAAAUGGCUUCAUUUACUUGGUAUUUGCUGCCCUUCUUGUCUACUCGGUUAUCAUCUUAAUAGCCUGUCGAUUCGUUAUCUGUAAAGACUGA